UCUAGUACUACACUAAAGUAGUGCGUGUAAUUGGAUUGGUAGGUUAUCGUACUAAUAUUAGAUAAAAACGUAUCUAGCACUCAUACGGAUUUAAAAGAGCUUUGGUCUCGAUAGUUCAUGUCAGCCGUAUAUGCGUUUUCAGUUAAGUUCUGCUAAAGGUUAUAUCUAGUUGCCAAGGCGGAGGAAUAUCCACCCCUCCACGCGUCAAAAUAUUGCCGUUAAGUAGGGGCGACCUCACGAGCGAAAGCCCAGACAACCGGGAACGGGGUUGCGCAUAAAUCGACUAUACUGUAAACUGACUGUCAGUUUACAUUCUGCAUUCGUUUAAUGUUAAUUUGCAAACGUCCUAUUUUCAAGCAAAGAUUGGUUUGGACAUAAUCAGUUUGUGAAUUUCCCAUAAUUCGUACUCGGAGAUCUUUUUACGGAUUUAUUUUCUCUUUUUGGAUCUGGAUCUACAGUAACUGCAUCAACGUUUGUGCCAGACUUGCGGUGGAUUUAGCGCACUGGAUUGAGCCAACCAGCUUGCUAGCCAGCAGCGAGCUAAUUUAGCUGAACCUUUUUUUUUUCUCCUUUCCACGGAUUUGGACCGUAAACUACCGAUCGUUGGACUUUUCGUUGUUUUGAAAACGUCUUAAUAUGCUGUUCGGCUCAUUUUCCCAGAUUUGCAGCCCGACGACUAUGGAUCACUUGCCGGUGAAAAUACAGCUCCAGCCAGUAAAAGUGGAGAAGGAGCCAUUUGACAAGGUUUAUCAGGUGGGAUCCGUACUGGGAAGCGGUGGAUUUGGAACCGUAUACGCCGGUAGUCGCAUCUCGGACGGAUCGCCGGUCGCCAUCAAACAUGUGGCUAAGGAGAGGGUGACAGAGUGGGGCACGAUUAAUGGCGCGAUGGUUCCCUUGGAGAUCCUAUUGAUGAAGAAAGUGGGAUCCACAUUUCGAGGUGUGAUUAAGCUCCUGGAUUGGUACGAGAGGCCGGACGGCUGGCUCCUCGUCAUGGAGAGGCCCGAGCUGGUCAAGGACUUGUUUGACUUUAUCACCGAGAAGGGCGCCUUGGACGAAGAGACUGCGCGGGGGUUCUUCCGACAGGUCCUGGAAGCUGUCCGGCACUGCUACAGCUGCGGCGUGGUGCACCGGGACAUCAAGGAUGAAAACCUCCUCGUAGACCUACGCAGCGGGGACCUCAAGCUCAUUGACUUUGGUUCCGGGGCGAUUCUCAAGGACACAGUGUAUACAGAUUUCGACGGUACGAGGGUGUACAGUCCUCCGGAGUGGAUCCGCUACCAUAGAUACCACGGGCGCUCGGCGACCGUGUGGUCGCUGGGCGUGCUGCUGUACGACAUGGUGUGCGGCGACAUCCCGUUCGAGCAGGACGAGGAGAUCCUGCGCGGCCGCCUCAGCUUCAGGAGGAGCGUCUCCGCAGAGUGCCAGCAGCUGAUAAAGAGCUGCCUCUCCCCGCGGCCGUCCGACCGGCCCACGCUGGAGCAGGUGUUCGAGCACCCCUGGAUGCGCUCGGGCGAGGACGAAGACGAGGACGAAGGCAAGGCGGACGAGCGAGAGAUCCGGCUGAGGACCCUGGACCCGGACACGUCCAGCACCAGCUCCAGCAAGGAGAGCCUCUGAGCCCCGCCCCGCCGCUGGGACACUCCCCUCCCUGUCCUGUUUUUAAACGGAACGUCCGCCCCCGCCCCCCUCCUCCCUCCCAAAUAAGUCCCUUUCAUUGUUUUUGUAAUUCUGUUUCCUCGCGGGGGAACAGGAGUGUUCGGGUGGUCUUAACCAGCACUUAUUUAUUUUGUAUUUAAUUUGUUACACAGAUGGUCGAAGAGUCUGCUCUUAUAGAGCUGGGACAACUUUUUAUUUGCGUUUUUGUUUUUUUAUUUUGUCUGUUUUUCUUUUGAGUGCCUUUUUUUGAAAGCUGCUUUUUUGUGGGAUUUAUUUUUAUUUUUUUGCCAGUUAUGAGUGUUUGUAAUUUGCACCCUGUGGGAGUGGGGAGGGGUCUCUCCCCCUCCCUGUGCAGAUUACAGGCCCAGUUUGGGGUUGUUUGAGGGGAGGGGGGGGGCAUGACAGGGUCGUACAGUUUGGGGAAUACUUGAAACACACACUUACACUGCCUCUUACUUUGCUGCUCACGUACUUCAGUCCGAAUUGGCUUUCUCUUCGGUCCCUAUUAUUUAUUGUUUUUAUUUGUACAUGUAUGACUUUUUGUACUUUUUUCUGAAUGUGUACUGAAGACGACCCUGUCCCCCUAUCUAACGUAGGGAUGUGUGUGUGUGCCCCUGGAGUCCUGCGCUUUUAUUUUUAUUUUGUUUCCCCCCCUUUUUAUUCUCUUGUCCAGGUUUUCCCUGGCUAGGGCUGUGAAAAUGCACAAUCAAUGCAAUAUUCCUGGACUCAAAUUUUAUGUUUUUAUUUUUUGAAAACAAAUAUUGUCUAAUGUAUUUUCUGUUCGUUUUUUUUCCUCCCUGCCCUGGGUAUUUAUUUUGUAAAGUUUAUUAUGUAGACAUUCCACGCUCUUGUGGUUAUUAUUUAUUCAUUUUUUUUUGUCUGUCUAAAUGAGAAAAGAAAAUUCCCCCAAAUUUCCUCUUUUUUACAUGGCCUUCCGGUUGCAUUCCCGUUAGAGGGGGAGAACGCGUUUCAAUUCGACUUGUUAACUUCGCAAAUGUACAAAAGUUGUUUGUAAGAACGUUGAGGUUUAACUUUUGAUUGUUCAAAAAAAAGUUAUCGAUGUGAAAGCUCGACAGACCUUUAUCUGCGGCGUCUGGGAUGGUUGCAUCUUUAAAAAAUAUUAAAAUCAAGCAAUGCGGUUUGGAUAAACGGUUAAGUUACUGAACCUGUACGAUCUCCUGUAAUUGAAUUCCUGACAGCGAAGUUUAAUUUGGGAGGAACUAUGCCUGUUACUGAUGCAUAAGGGCCCAGUGUUGGAUAUGUCUGUCUUUUUCUUCUUCUUCUUCGGUUUAGUAGUGUGAAUUGCAAUUAUGGAGAUCCUAUUUUUAUACUGAAAUUUCAAUUAAACCGUUUUGUACAUAA